AUGAGCGACCCUUCACGUCCUUCUCCUAGUUCUAGGCGACCAGCGUUUCCAGCUCACUACGACUUUCUUGGACCGACCCUUGCUGCUAUCCCACCCGGAUUGCCGCUGGGGCUCCCGAUAGGCACUUUUCUGGAGGAAGGCGCAGCGCUCGAGUAUCUCGCUUCGGGCUCAGGCUUUGCUCAGGACUUGCGCGGCAUGGAUCCCAGUCAGCCUCAACACCCUCCCUUCUAUAUCGCCCCAAACCAGGCUUCGCGGUCGGCGGCCCUCACCAGCCAUCCAAGUCAAUCUUCCAUUCCACAGCAAACAGGACUUGUCUCCUUCAAUGAUUUCUUCGUCCAGCCGACAGCCCCCAUAAUCCCUGAGCGUCGACGAGAAGUGGACGGGAAUGCGGCGGCAUCCUCUGGGAACAUGGCCACGGCACCGAGUCCGUUCAAUUUCUCCGGUCACCAACCAUACAGAGCUCCCGCUUAUCCGCCACAUAUUCCGGUGAUUGAGGGCAUUUCUCCUCCCACACGGACUGCACCUAUCUCCAUUCCAGCAACUCCCGAGGUUGCAAAGAAACCUGCAACAAUGCUCAUCCUCAGUCGAGCCUCGGAGGAGAGUAUCAAGGCCCUGGAUGAGCACAAGAGGGACUGCCCAACCUGCUGUCUUCAAUUCGAACCCGACAACUUUGUGGCGAUCAUUACCUGUUGCAACAUGGCCAUUCAUGCUAGAUGUCUCUCGGCAUAUGUCAAUUCUCAAGGCUACUCCAAGAGUCGGGUGUGCAUGAAAUGUCGCCGGGGAAUUGAUGCCAAGUACAUGUUGAACAGAGUUCUGCCGCCAGUCACGGACAAAGACUGGGACGAAGGCGGUGACUUCAACGCGCCGGAAUCGUUGCAGGCCGAGACCAAGAUUGAGCUCAAUGUGACCGCCCGACCACAUCGUGCAGGAUCUCAUCGACACAGAAUCUCGAUGGGUUAUUCUGGCCACAGAGCCGGACGCCACACAUAUCUUCCUUUGGAACACUUGACCGCCGAACAAAGACUUGCCGUGCUGCAUUUGCGCGAAGAUCACCUGGUGGAAUUGGAGGAAUUGCGGAACCGAUGCAAUCUCGCGAUGGAAAACAGCGGCCGACUCAAUCAUCAAGACCUCGACGCCAAUCGAGCUCUUGUCGAUGCGCAAACACGAGCAACUCAACAAGAACUUAGCGCAUUACUCAAGAGAUGCCAAGAAACGAGGGUGGCGAGAGACAAGGCGAGGGAGGCAUACGAGAGAGCUCGACUGGAGCUGGAAGCAUUGCACCGGGCUCAAAGUCGUCGGGUGGCUGAGAUGAUCGAGGAUUACCAGGUCGCAAGAGAGCGGGCACUUGAGGCAAGAAACCGGGACGGCGAACCCCCUCGUAGUGCAACCGUUCCUAUACCUCAGCUCAGGGUCGUCAACGGAGAUCCGCCCAGCAGUGUGUCUCCCUGA